AUGCCAUUUGCAUUUAAUCCAUCUGAAUACAAUAUUGCUAAAUCUCUUCACUACUUUAAAACGCUUAUUCAAUCUACUAUUAUUCACUGUUAUUGCCAAAAAUUUCAUACUCUCUUUACUUCUAAUAAUCUUAAUAUUCCACCUAAACAAGCAACUCCUUCUUCUUCUUCUCAAAAAUCUACAUAUAUGGAUAUUGAUAUUAUAUUUAAACAAGUUAGACAACUCAAAGAAACUAUCUCUCAAUUACCAAUUACAAAAACAACUACUGUUCCUCUAUUACUAUUCUCUUUGAAUUAUUUUACAACUCAACAAGGAACUUCAUCUAAUCUGACACAAAUUCCCCAAAUCCAAGCACAUUCUCAUUAUAUAUAUACUUGUAUUAUUUGUCAAAAUAAAAACAUCUUAUGUGUUUUCUUAGAAAAUAAUACACACUUACUUCUCAACAAAUCUAUUUUUAUUAUUAAAGGAUUUUCAGCAUAUUUAUAA